AUGUCACUCAUACAUGGAUCCUUCUAUGCAAUAUUUUAUGGUAUAUACAGUGUUUUAAUAGAAGUUUACAAUAAAUUUGUUCCCAAAAAGACUUUCACUCUUUCAUUAGAAGAUUUCCGAGUAGCAUGUAAUGCAACACCAGAGGAACAAAGCUAUGAGGAAAUCAAUAAAAAAGAGAAAUUAUUCUUCGAAGUAUCGAAUGUUGAAGGAACAGCUCUUCAGCUUGAUAUCUCCUGUGAAGAGAAAUACCAAACAGUUACCAUACAUUUCGUUUAUAAGGGUGAAACAUACACUGGACAGUACAGUGGAAGUUAUACAAGUUCAACUACAAUCUCCUUCGGUCCUCUGAACAUUGAAGUGCGUGAAGCUUUCCGUAGUUGGCGUUUGACUUUCAAGGGAUUUUUGAAGAAUAUCUCGAACGAUGAAGAGAAAUUUAUAUCCUUCUCUGGAUGGUGGAAGCCCAAUUCUGAUGCUCGAUUCUUCUUCAAGAAUGCAUCAUUAUCAUCCUUCAUGCCAUACGUAAUGAAGAACCCUGUGAAUCUUUUACACAAUAUUGGAACUGUAGGAAAAAUUCAGAGAUCUCCAGUUAUACAUCAAGAUGGCCAGUAUCGUACAGAGAUCAUUGUUGACAAUGAAACUCAAGUACUUACUCUUCGUGGUCUUCGAACUCGUGUUUCUUCCAACUUCAGCUCUGCUUUGGAUCAAUUCUACGUCUACCUAGAGGACGGAAACAGAUUGAACUAUUGCACUUCCACAGUGAGAGAAAAUGUAAAAUUAACUCAUGGGUUUAUCACUCGCGGAGAUCGUGUCGUUAGGAGAAUCGAACUUAUUGAUCCUGAAUCAUUGGACACUUCCAAUCAUCGAUUGAUGGAGUUCAAAGUUGUAGGAUAUCCAAACUUCGUAAUUAGAAAAGAUAGUGUUAUAUCGGAAUUCCAAUAUCUGAAUGGAAAUAAUGAAACCGUCACCAUCAAGAGAAUAAAAGUUGUGAGUGGCUUAAGCAAAGGAGUAGCAUUAUUCCGAUCAAUCCGUGAAUCUCUUAAACCUCUUCCAGCUCCUGAAAUUGUUCAUUUCGAAGAGGUUUAUUCAACAGAAGAAGAAAGAUCACACAGAGUUCUCUCUUUUGACGACAGAGCUUGUCAAGACAAAACUCUUACAGGAGGAAAGGGAGCUAACUUAGCGAAACUUUCGUCAAUUGAAAAUAAGUAUUCUGUACCCCCCGGAGCUGUCAUUACUACCACAGCUUUCGAUCAUCAUUUGAAGCAGAACCCAGAAAUUCUCGAACUCGUUUCUUCUCUUUCUGCCAAUAAGAAAACACUGCCUGAACAAAUCGAAAUUGGAAGAAGAGUCCAGGAAGCUUUAAAAGCUUCCACUGUUUCUUCUUCGUUAUUGAAUGAGUUGAAGCAAGUCGGAUUGAAGUUUGACGAGAACAAGCGAUAUGCUGUUCGAAGCUCUGCAGUUGGAGAGGAUGGAGCAGAUCUGUCUAGUGCAGGACAGUUAGAGAGUUGUUUGAAUGUGCCUGUUCAGGAUUUCAAUCAUACAAUCAUUGAAUGUUGGUGUUCAAACUUCCGUUCUGAAGUCAUUACUUAUAGAAGAAAUUAUGGACAACUGGUUAAUCCUUCAAUGGCUGUAGUCAUUCAGGAAAUGUGUGUUGGAGGAAAAGCUGGAGUUAUGUUCACAUGCGAUCCCGUUAUGAACGACGAUUCUGCUAUAGUCAUAAACGUAAUUGAUGGCAUUGGCGAGGAUAUUGUUAGCGGUAAAGUGACACCCGAUGAAGUGAAAAUACUCAAGAAAGGACUUCAAAUAACAAAGCCCGAUCCAUGUUGUUUAACCGACCAUCAAUUAGAAGAUCUCGCCAGAGUCGGUUUGUUUUUGGAAAAGUCUUUCAGUAGAUGCCAGGAUGUUGAGUUUGUUGUUAAGGAUUCUGAUGUGUUCAUUGUUCAAUCAAGAGAUGUCACGGGAAGAGAUGCUGAAACUCAAUUCGAGCUUCUGACUGAGCUUGAUAGUGCUGUUCUAUCCGACCAUGAAGUUAUAACAACAGCCAACGUUGGUGAAGUAUUACCUUUUGCUUUGACACCUUUGGAAUCGACAGCUGGAAUGGAGUUUGAUAAAACAAUGACGAAAUUCGGCAUGGAACCUUUCCGAUCGACAAUGAGUCGUCAUCCAACAUGCAUUUUAUUAACUAUAGGUGGAACACGGUUUUUCAAUAUUGGAGAGCUGUUUCUGAGAAAUUGGAAAACUUAUGAACAAGAUCGCUUGGCUGAAUUAUGCGUUGGAGGAACUAACCUAUUCACAUCCGAAGAUUUCCAAUUUGCGAAGCAGAGAUAUCCACCUCUGCCUGCUCAUUUCAAUAUCGUAAACUUGGUCACAAUGAUUUACUGCCUGCUGUUCAAAAGUAAGAAGCAGUUGGCCAAAGUUCAUGCUGAUGACCAAAUCAACCGUGAAAUUGCCCCAACUAAAGAUGCUUCAGAAUAUACUUUUAAGGAGCUCUUGGAGCUCUGGGCAGACCAAAGUGGUCACACUAAUCUUGUUCUCGAGUCUCAUACAAAUUUGUCGGCUUACUCAUCCUUCACUUACAUAAUUGUUGGAAUGUUAGUAAGAGGAUCAGACUCCGGAGGAAUGACACCGGAAAUGCUCUCUGAUUUCGCUGAAAUAUUUUCCAACUGCUCAAAUGUUAUCAGUGCUGAUAUUCCUUUCUCAUUCAAAAAAAUAGCUGUCGGAGUACAUCAGGAUGGGUUGAGUGAAGAGUUUUUGAAAUUGGAUGAAGAAGAAGCAAUCGAGCUCAUUAAGACUAAAGGUGUGAAAUCAAAGGCUGAAUUGGAUGAUUUCGUAGAGCUUCACGGACAUCGUGGUGUUGGAGAGCUCUACAUCAGUAAGAGAAGUUGGGGAGACGAGCUGUCUACUAUUGUUCCAAACCUCAAGUCUAUUAUUAUUUCAAAUGAUUUCAAUAUCGAGGCAAAAGUCAGCAAACCAAUUGAUGAACUCAUUGAUAGUCUCAUGUGUAAACCUGCAGGUUUCAGAAGAACUUUAAUGAAAUAUAUGGUGAAGCAAACUCAUAAGGGUGUCAUCAACAGAGAAGCAGCUAAAACAUGCUUGGUUCGGGGUGUGUACUACAUGAGAAAGACAACCAGGUUGAUAGCGAAAAAAUUGACCGAAGAGGGCUAUUUACCUGAUGAAGAUCUCUUCUAUUAUCUUCACUAUCAAGAAAUUGAAGAACUGUUGAGAACACGGAGUGCCAAGAUAAUCUCGAGGGCUCAUCGCCGCAGAAAAGUGUACCCCAUACUGAAAGAGUGGAAAUUUGAGCAUGUGUCUCAUGGUAUUCCUCAGCCGAUCGAGCAGGCUGAUAAACGAAAAUUUGAGACUUUGGAGUCUCUUAAUGGCACUGUUGUUUGCCGAGGCAAAGUGAUUGGAAAAGCUCGUGUUGCUCAUUCGUUAGAAGAAGCUAGGGAAACACAGCCCGGUGAAAUUCUGAUAACUCACUGUACUGACGUGUGCUGGUCACCUUACUUUCCCAUAAUCAAAGGUAUUGUAACGGAAAUCGGUGGAUUACUAAGUCACGGUGCUGUUGUUGCUCGUGAAUACGGUUUACCAUGUUUGAUUGCAGUAGAACAUGCUGUUUCAGUUUUCGAAACAGGUGAAACUGUUGAACUGAACACUGACACUGGCACCAUUUCGAAGGUUAAACAAUUGGAUUAA